AUGCUAUUCAAUUACGGGGCCCAAUUAUAUUCGAGUAGCAGAGAUGAUUUUACUGAUCUAUUAGACGUCUAUGACAGCUUCGACGUGCGCUCAACUGAUGAUGGCAGUCUCUUAAUUAUGUUCAAGAACGACGAUGUGUACAAAUUCAUUCAUGUACUAUUACCAAACGUGUCUACAAUAGAUAUCUACCUAGAUGAAAAGAUAGAUGUUACGCGUAUAUUUCCUUUAACUACGGAAUAUUACUUUUUGCUUUAUGAUCUUGAAAUUAAUGGCGACAUACAAGUCACUGGAAGAGUUAUAGAUUACAAUAAUCAUACCAUAAAUGAGUUUGUGUCAAAUUGUCAUUAUCUUUAA